CAACAAGCCUUAAAGGACUGAACGGGCCUUAAAGGACUCAACGGGCUUUAAAGGACUCAACAAGCCUUAAAGAACUCAACAAGCCUUAAAGGACUCAACAGGCUUUAAACGACUCAACAGGCUUUAAAGGACUCAACAGGCUUUAAAGGACUCAAUGGGCCUUAAAGGACUCAAGCCUUAAAGGACUCAAUGGGCUUUAAAUGACUCAACGGGCCUUAAUGGACUCAAGCCUUAAAGGACUCAAUGGGCUUUAAAGGACUCAAGCCUUAAAGGACUCAACGGGCUUUAAAUGACUCAACGGGCCUUAAUGGACUCAAGCCUUAAAGGACUCAAUGGGCCUUAAUUGACUCAAGCCUUAAAGGACUCAACGGGCUUUAAAUGACUCAACGGGCCUUAAUGGACUCAAGCCUUAAAGGACUCAAUGGGCUUUAAAGGACUCAAGCCUUAAAGGACUCAACAGGCCUUAAAGGACUCAACGGGCCUUAAAGGACUCAACGGGCUUUAAAGGACUCUAUACGAGCCUUAAAGGACUCAACGGGCUUUAAAGGACUCAACAGGCUAUAAAUGGUAUCAGGCUGGUUUCAGACUGGUUUUUAGACAUGUGUCAGACUGAUUUCAGACUGGUAUUAGGCUGGUUUCAGACUGGUCUCAGACUGGUAUUAGGCUGGUUUCAGACUGGUUUUUAGACAUGUGUCAAACUGAUUUCAGACUGGUAUCAGGCAGGUUUCAGACUGGUUUUUAGACAUGUGUCAAACUGAUUUCAGACUGGUCUGAGACUGGUAUUAGGCUGGUUUCAGACUGGUAUUAGGCUGGUUUCAGACUGAUUUCAGACUGGUCUCAGACUGGUAUCAGGCAGGUUUCAGACUGGUUUUUAGACAUGUGUCAAACUGAUUUCAGACUGGUCUCAGACUGGUGUCAGGCAGGUUUCAGACUGGUUUUUAGACAUGUGUCAAACUGAUUUCAGACUGGUCUGAGACUGGUAUUAGGCUGGUUUCAGACUGGUAUUAGGCUGGUUUCAGACUGGUUUUUAGACAUGCGUCAGACUGAUUUCAGACUGGUCUCAGACUGUAUCAGGCAGGUUUCUGACUGGUUUACAGCAGCAGAUCCUGAGCUGCAGGCAGCAGACUAACAGCUGAGCAGAAACAGUAAAACCUCUGACUGGGAUUAAAGUCUUGUUGGUCAUCAUGACGUGUGCAGUUUGUGUCUCUGCAGUCUCUGGCGGUCUGCCAGCUGAAACCUGGAGGUCAAACUGACAGUGAACACAGAGGAGCUGGACCCCGACAACACUCAGACCACACAUCAGAUUACUUCACUCUAAAUCACAUUACGUUACAUUAUUUUACAUAUCAUUACACUGCAUUAGACUGGAGUCUGAGCGCAGAUUAGAUUAGAUGAAUCGAUCCCUGUGGGAGGCUGAACAACAACAAAUACUGAGAAAAGAAAAUGCAGACGCGAUACUUAGGAUGAUACAAACACCAUAAGCCCUUUAAAUCAUCUUUACAUCUAGUUUUAUUCUAAAACAAGAAUAUUUUCUGAUCUAAACAGGAUUAAAUGUAAUCUUCUGUCUGUGGGUGUGGUGGAUGUUUCAAACACACGGAUCUCCACAAGAUGUUUAUAUAUCCUGACGUGGUGACUGUUAGAUUCAUAUGCUCUGUCUGACCUGAUGUUUGCUGAGGAGAGUUGGUGCUGUGAUGUUUCAUUGUCACAGCAGAACAGAGUGAAAUGAGCUGUGUGUAGAUUAAAUCAGUCCCCCAGUGACUCAGUGUCUCUUCCAUUAAGCUGGAUGUGUGAGAGAUGCAUUAAAAACAGAGUCUGAGUGGCAGAGGUCCAAAACACUGGAUCCUACAUUCCCAUAAUGCACCUGGAUAGAGCCUUUCAUUUCAGCCUCACUUCAGGUAUCGCAGACCGCUGCACGGCUGUGAAGUAUCACUUCUCUCAGCCAAUCAGGCUGCGGAACAUCCCUCUGAACCUGACCAGGACUAUCCAACAGGACGAGUGGCAUCUGCUGCACCUGCGGCGCAUCACAGCGGGCUUCCUCGGCAUGGCGGCGGCCGUGCUGCUGUGUGGGAGCAUCGUGGCGUCAGUCGGGUUCUUCUGGGAGGAAAGUCUGACGCAGCACGUCUCCGGACUGCUGUUCCUCAUGGCAGGGAUCUUCUGCACCAUCUCUCUGUGCACCUAUGCAGCCAGCGUGACCUAUGACCUCUCCAGGAACCCCCCCUUCAUCUACGGCCUGCCGGCCGACGUGGAUCACGGUUACGGCUGGUCCAUCUGCUGCGCCUGGGCCAGUCUGGGUCUCACCGUGGCCUCCGGCUGCCUCGGCACCACCUUCCCCUUCCUGAGCCGGGCCGGCGCUCUGCGCUCCAAAACCGCCCGCGAGUCCUCCGUCUGAGCCGCCGCCGGCUGUCAAUCAUACGGGGGGACGGUGUUUGUUGAAGCAGGCGGCUGCACCUGGUUUAUAUAGUCCAGCUUCUGUCUGCGCCACAGCGCCACAGCGCCACAGCGCCCCCUGCUGAGUGUUACAGCUGUUUAUGAUGUGGACAUACAUGUACUGUCUGUUCAGUGACACACACACACACACACUGACACACACACACACACACACACACACUGACACACACACACACACUG